UUCAUAGAUCCUAAAGCAUUGUAGAAUUUCUAUUCAUUUGCGACCAUUUUAAUAGCUUUGUUUAAAAAAGAUCAAUUCUGAAAUUGUUAUUUUCCUUUUUCAUACUGAAAUUCAUAUUGUGAAAUUUAAAGGAAUGUUAAUACUCAAAACUUUACGAUAUAUCGUAUUUUUUGUGGUAUAGGUUCUAUUGUAUAUUGAAUCAUGUUUUUCAAAAAAAAUGUCUUUUUUCAGACACAUACACAGGUUCUAAAUGUUCUAUAGAUGAAUUUACCUGUGAUGACGGUAUAUGCAUACAUGUUAGUCAGAUGUGUGACUUCAUUGCCGACUGUAAUGAUGCCUCAGACGAAAAUUGUAAUUUUCCACAGUGUUCAGAAAAAGAGUUUCGUUGCACAAAUGGACAAUGUAUACCACUUUUAAACAGAUGCGACUCCUAUAAGCAUUGUGUCGAUGGCACAGAUGAGAGCAAUUGUGAUACAUGCAAACAAGGGGCAUUCCAUUGCGACCUUGUAAGAUGUAUACCUAAUCAACUUGUGUGUGACCAUUUCUCCGACUGUUUCGAUAUUCUUGACGAGGAAAAUUGCAAUCGGCCAAUCCGUAGUUCCUGUAAAGAAUGGUGGGAGGCAGGCUUUAGAAACACCAGACUAUAUUGCCUAGAUGAUAAUGUUGGAAGACACAUAGAUGCGGAGUGCGACUUUAGUUUGGUGCCAGAAAGAGGAAGUUUAAACACAAUAAUUCAUAGCUUUGAAAUUACAUACACCGGGACCAAUCAAGAGGAAAUUUAUUUGAAGGGAGGACAAUUCAGUAACAAUGUUCCAAGCCACGGUGUUCUUACAGAUCCAAACAACAUAUGUACUCAAAAUAUUACCCAGAUGUGCAGACCUGUGUUAGAAGCCAUAAAAGAUGUAAAUAAAACAGCCGACAUAACAACCAAUUGCGAAUGUAUAACCUUGACAGUUUAUCCCUAUCAGUCACGAAAGAUUGCACGCUUUUGCAAUGAUGAAGAGAAUACUACACAUAGAGAUGCAGAACAUCGCCUGUCAUUUGUCUACUCUGAAAACGAAAACGAGCAACGUAUGCUCACCUACAAGUACAAAGGAGGAACAUUUCCACGUGACAUAGAAAUAAGAUUGAGCCCCAUCGUUUGUUAUUACAAUGGGACAAUUACGGAGACUACAAUCGGUUGUGAGGAUGAAGAAAAAGUCUUUCCAUUAUCUGUAAGGUGUGUUUUCGACAUUGAUGAUGCUGGCUUAAUGAUUGGUUGUAGAUCAGGAAGUCAUUUACAAGACUGUGAUGACUUUGAGUGUCCAGCAAAGACUGUAAAAUGCCCACGGAGUUUUUGCUUACCUCUCAGAUUCAUUUGUGAUGGAGUUAAACACUGUCCUGAUGGUGAUGAUGAGAACGAUUGUGGUUGCAGAGACAGCGAUCGGGAAGUGAUUAUACUAUCAGAAAGAACGUUGAUAGACAACCCAGUAGAACAACUGAAAUCUUUUGCCAAACUGUUUGAUUCACACGAUAGCAUCGUAAGACAUUUACAAUUUCAGACCCGUACACACGAUGCUCUGCUUCCAUUCGCUCACAGAUUGCUUGAUAUAUCUGAUGAAGUUGUAAAAAAACACGAGUCUGUCUCGAGAAACAUUGUAUGUAAAUAUUCAAUUCUAGCAUCAGAUUUCAUAAAUUCGAUACGCUUCACGAAAACUGGAACAAAGGGCGUGAUAUUCAUUCAAAAUAGUAAAGAAUCGGAAAUUGUCGCAAACAUGAUAUUCGGACGAAUCAAAUCCAGACCGCAUUUUCAUCUAUUCAGAGUCGUAAGUGGGACAAGUGAGGUACCAAGAAGACAACAAUUUGACUUUGUUACAGAUGUUGUUAUCAAACGUUGGAAUAUUCUAACUAGUAUUGGUACUAGGUUCUUCCCACAGAUUUGCAACGAUUCCACAACUGUUUAUUGUCCUGGAGAAUAUCAAUGUGCAGCAAGCAAACAAUGUAUACUACUGGAACAGGUUUGUGACGGGCAUAGACAUUGUGUACAUGGUGAUGAUGAAAGACUUUGCCAGUACUCAUGCCUAAACAUAUGCACAUGUAUGGAAUAUACGACCAACUGCAGCGGAAAGGGACUGAGUUUAUCCGAUUUAUCGAAAAUUGACGUCAACUCAAGACUUUUGGACUUGAAUCAGAAUCCAGGUCUACAAGAAGCACUUGUAUACCCAAGAUUUACCUUUAGUUUCCUUAUUUACUUGUACAUGUCGAAAUGUAACAUACAUGCAAUGAAAAGCUAUGCGUUUUUGCAUUCUUUACCCAAUUUAAGAGUUUUGGAUCUUAGUCAUAACAGACUUCAAUUUUUGCCAGAGUUUGGAUUUUCAGGGUUACAAAGACUUACUAGUCUUAACUUGAUAGGAAAUGUAGAUCUAUACAGAAUUGAGCCAUUUGCUCUACACGGACUACAAAGUUUAAAAGUUUUUGAGCUAGUUGGAGCGAACAUACAGUUGAUAUCUUCAAAUGCAUUUUCUGGGCUACGACUGGACGUAUUGAAUUUAACUUCUAACAAAAUAAAACACAUUGAGGACAAUAUAUUUAAUGAUUUGUAUGCGCAGAAUAUAUAUUUAACUCAUACUGUUAUAGAAGACUUUAAUGAAGGCCUCUUUAGAGGAGUUUAUGACUUAUCCGAACUUACAACAUCAGAGUACAAAUACUGCUGCAUUCGCCCCGACUAUUUACUAGAUGAAAACUGUUUUCCAAAAAAAGACGAACUUUCAUCUUGCGGAGAUCUUUUACGCCUAUCAGCUCUACAGACAAUGGUCUGGCUAAUUGGACUGUGCGCUUUAUUUGGAAACAUAUUAUCCGUGAUUUACAGAUUGGUUUACCACCGAGAUAGACUUCAACUUGGUUAUGAAAUAUUUGUGACAAAUCUUGCCAUGGCAGACACUAUUAUGGGGAUAUACUUACUUAUCAUAGCAGUAGCUGAUGCGAUGUUAAGAAACCGAUACAUUUUUAUGGAUGACUACUGGCGAAACAGUGGGUGGUGUACCGUUGCUGGAUUUCUGUCUACGGUGGCAUCUGAAGCAAGCGUGUUUUUUCUAUGCCUCAUCACUUUGGAUAGAUUUCUCGUUAUUAAAUAUCCAUUCGGACAAUUUCGUCUGAAUUCAAAGCAUAUCUCUGUUUUGUCAUUUAUUGCCUGGACACUCUCGGUCAUAAUUGCGCUUGUUCCGGUAGUCUUCGACAACUAUUUUGACUGGAAGUUUUAUUCUAAAUCGGGUGUAUGCAUCGCUCUUCCGUUGACACGAGAUCGGCCACCUGGUUGGCUAUAUUCCGUGCUUAUUUUUCUUGGACUCAAUUUCAUGACAUUCUGUAUAAUCGCUUUGGGCCAAGGAUUAAUCUAUAUAGAAAUUUGGAAAGCUUCGUCUGAGAUUAAAUCAUCCACUUCGAGAAGUUUGAAAUCUUGUCAAAAGAGAGAUAUGAGAGUUGCAAGGAAUCUUCUUCUUGUUGUUACAUCCGACUUUUUGUGCUGGUUUCCCAUCGGUUGUAUAGGGUUCAUGGCAAUGUCUGGGUAUGAGAUAUCAAGCGACGUAUAUGCGUGGAUAAUUGUCUUUAUAUUUCCUGUAAAUUCGGCGUUGAAUCCGGUUCUAUACACGUGGUCCUUAUCCAAUUCAAAAUCGAGCAGGAAGAACACUACUCUAACCCCGCCAACUAUCGAGACCUCUUUGAAAAGGAAAGUAGGCAAACAAUCUGGAUCUCUCCCUGAUUUAUUUUGGUACUUACUAAAUACAGAGGAUAAAGAAGGACAGACAUUUAUAAGCUUGAACGAGGUAAUAAAUAAAAAGCAGAAUUUGGACACAUUGACAGUGCUGAAGAUAUCGAUGGAGCUUGCGCACUGUCUUCAUAUUCUUAACACAGAAGGUCUGACCCUGGAAUUUCUUGAUAAGGAGGAGCUGUUUCUUUGGAUGCUAGACAAUCAGAUCACAGGUGAUAUCCAUUUAAGAAAGAAGCCUAUUACACGCAAGGGUAACCUGAAGGAUGAUAUUGAAAAGUUAGGAAAUGUUAUCCUUUCCCUAAUAAUUCUUAAUUCACAGAGCAACUACCAGGAGUGCAAUGGUUGAGAUGAAAGAUUUUUCAGACUACUUUUUAGUGUUUUUCUCUGUUUUGUUUAUUUAGUAGAUAUAUGUGUUCAAUGUUGUGUUAUAAUAAUUCUUACAUUUUUGCAUAAGCUAUUUUUCUUUUAUUUCAAUUUAUUGAAAAUGAUGUAGUUAUGUAAUCAUAAUAUUGUUUUUUUUUUAAAAAAUUGUCAUUUUAUUGCCUGAUUAUUAAUAUCUGUUAUAUUGUUUUUUAUGUCAAUGUAUUCAGUGUUGUUUUCUGUAUUAAGAUUAUUUUAUAUAUUGUCCUGUGUUGCAUAAGUAAAAUGUUAAUUUGAAUAUGACAGCUAAGAUAUCGAAAUCAUAGACGUGUUUGUAACGAAAGGCGAAUUGGUAGUGAGUGUUAUUGACGCAAUUUCAAGCUAUAUAGGUUUAUGGAAAAUGUUUGUGUACAGGUAUGAUGCACAAAUGCUUCUCUCU